AGGCGCACUAUUUUCUGAAGAAGUAUUCUUCAACCUUUGGAUUAGGCAGGGAAUUGGAAACGGGCGGUUUACUUUUUUCCCACUGGGCCCUUUAGCGCAUACAAGAUAGCCGUUAUCCUGUCAACUUUGUCAACCCGCAUUUUCUUCAUAACAUUUCUGGGCAAUUCAACAUAAUUUCGUUUUAAGUGGUUCUCCGGUCAUAAAAUUUUCUCUAACUUAUACCACUUUAUACAGCUUCUCUAUUGUUUUUUUUUGAAAUCAAUUUCUUCAGGUGUUAUAUUUACAGAGCUUAUCUUACUUGAAGUUUGUUCUAGAACCAAGGCGCUGUUUUGGUCUAAUCUUUUAAACCAUUCCGAUUACCUGAACAAUCUAUCCUUGCAGGAAUUGCCCCAAAACCCCCCUGAAAACAUACUGUACCCUUCGUAUCAGAUAAAUGUCAACUUUGAUUUUAACAAGUUAAUUGGUAUCUUAUAACUUAUAAUUGCAGUUAACGAGUACUUAGAGGUCAAUUACUGAACUGAAGAUAUAAAAUAUGUCGGAGCAGAAGGAUGAAAAGAGCCAUUCGGGAGGGGGCGGAAUGGCUUCAAAGUGGGCUGGCUUCCGACAAUUUCUCUGGAACAACGAGACUAAGGAAGUAGCUGGACGAACUGCCAGGAGUUGGG